AACUCUCUUGAGCUUCUUCUUGCUAUCAAUUCUCUUGAUGGAGGCUUCUACAAGAACCUCCAUGAACAACAACGGAGAGUCAUCGGCCGCCACCGAGGAGGAGAGUGGAUGGACUACGUAUUUCGAGGACUUCUUUGCAUCAGAGAAGGAGAAGUUUGAAGGAGAUAGUUGCACUAUUUCAGAUGGGUAUAUCGGUGGCUCUCCUUCUAUGAUAUCUGAUGCCGCUUCUUGUGCUCCAUGGAAGUUUCCGGCGAUGGCGGCAGCCGAGGGCAGAAAGAAGCUGGGCUUCAAGAAGAGGAAGGCCCGGGGGGUUCUGGAUGAUGACCCUUUGGAAGACACUGCUAGUUCUCCUGUAAAUAGCCCAAAGGUUAGUGAAAUGAAUCACUUGAUGAGUUUGAAUCAAAGGAAGAAAGAUGAGAGAGGUCACAUCUCACGAGCGAAGGAUAUUGUUGGCUUUGAGACCUGCACGGAGAUAAGGAAGGAGGAGGUUGAUAGAUUGGCUGUAGACCUCAAGAAAAGAGGUCUUUGCUUGGUUCCUUUGUCAAUGUUGGUUGAUUAUCUUGGAUAAAAUAUUAUAUCCAGGAAAAGAUCAAUCAUUUUAAUUGAGUAUAUAUAUAGAAAAUGUAAUAAUUAAUAUAUAAAAAAUCUCUCUCCUC